AUGAAAAAAGACGAGCAAAACCCAGCAGUAGCACCUCUUCUCCCUUGCUGCCUGCUACUGUGCGCCUUUAUUGCUUUGCGUGCGCCUGUUGCGCACGACCCUAACCUGCGCAUCACCACUCCCUCCAACACCGAAGAAACCGAUACCAAUAAGAUAAUCGAGAUCUCGAAUCGGCGGCGAUCGAUGUCGAAAGCGCGAGUUUAUACCGAUGUUAAUGUUCUGCGUCCUAAAGAGUAUUGGGAUUACGAGUCUCUCACUGUUCAAUGGGGAGAUCAAGAUGAUUAUGAGGUUGUUCGGAAAGUUGGAAGGGGAAAGUAUAGUGAAGUUUUCGAAGGCAUAAAUGUCAAUAGCAAUGAACGCUGUAUUAUCAAGAUCCUCAAACCUGUGAAGAAAAAGAAGAUUAAGAGGGAAAUAAAAAUACUUCAGAACCUUUGUGGUGGCCCAAAUGUUGUGAAGCUUCUAGACAUUGUUAGAGAUCAGCACUCAAAAACUCCGAGCCUCAUAUUUGAAUAUGUGAACAGUACAGACUUCAAAGUUUUGUACCCCACUUUGACUGACUAUGACAUACGCUACUACAUAUAUGAGCUUCUCAAGGCAUUAGAUUACUGCCACUCACAAGGAAUAAUGCAUCGAGAUGUCAAGCCUCACAAUGUCAUGAUAGACCAUGAGUUGCGAAAACUCCGCUUGAUAGACUGGGGUCUUGCUGAAUUUUACCAUCCUGGCAAGGAGUAUAAUGUCCGAGUGGCCUCGAGAUAUUUUAAGGGGCCUGAACUUCUUGUUGAUUUACAAGACUAUGACUAUUCUUUAGACAUGUGGAGCCUUGGUUGCAUGUUUGCCGGAAUGAUAUUUAGGAAGGAGCCAUUCUUUUAUGGCCAUGACAACCAUGAUCAGCUUGUCAAAAUCGCAAAGGUUCUUGGAACUGAUGAGCUAAAUGCAUAUCUGAACAAAUAUCAUUUAGAGCUUGAUCCUCAACUUGAUGCGCUUGUUGGGAGGCACAGUAGGAAACCCUGGUCCAAGUUUAUUAAUACAGAUAAUCAGCACCUUGUGUCUCCAGAGGCCCUUGAUUUUCUUGAUAAGCUUCUUCGGUAUGAUCAUCAAGACAGGCUUACUGCUAGAGAAGCAAUGGCCCACCCGUAUUUCUCUCAAGUGAGGGCUGCAGAAAGCAGCAGGAUGCGGACGCAGUAG